AUGGGCCACGUUGACCACGGUAAACCUCACUGCUGGACUACAUCCGCUCCACCAAAGUGGCGGCGGGGCGAAGCCGGCGGCAUCACCCAGCACAUCGGUGCCUACCACGUAGAAACCGAGAACGGCAUGAUCACCUUCCUGGAUACCCCGGGCCACGCCGCGUCCUCGAUGCGUGCUCGCGGUGCUCAGGCGACUGACAUCGUGGCUGUAGUGGCGGCCGACGACGGCGUGAUGCCACAGACAAUCGAAGCUAUCCAGCACGCGAAAGCGGCGCAGGUGCCGUUGGUGGUUGCGGUGAACAAAAUCGACAAGCCGGAAGCCGAUCGAAGCGUUAAGCAGGAACUGUCUCAGUACGGCGUUAUGCCGGAAGAGUGGGGCGGCGAAGCGCAGUUCGUCCACGUGUCCGCGAAAGCCGACCGUAUUGACGAGCUGCUGCAGGCUAUCCUGCUGCAGGCCGAAGUGCUGGAGCUGAAAGCGGGUUCGCAGGGCAUGGCGAGCGGCGUGGUGAUCGAGUCCUUCCUGGAUAAAGGCCGGCCCUGUGGCUACCGUGCUGGUUCAGGAAGGUACGCUGAACAAGGCGACAUCGUCCUGUGCGGCUUCGAAUACGGCCGUGUGCGUGCGAUGCGUGACGAGCUGGGCCGUGAAGUGACCUCUGCCGCGUGCCUGCAGAGGGGUGACGAAGCGACCGUGGUGCGUGACGAGAAGAAAGCGCGUGAAGUGGCGCUGUACCGCCAGGGCAAGUUCCGCGAAGUCAAACUGGCGCGGUUCUUGCGAAGCGACAGCGACUCGCUGCUGAAACUCUCCACCGACGAAGUGAAGGUGAAGAUUGUCGGCUCCGGCGUAGGUGGGAUCACCGAAACCGACGCGACGCUGGCUGCGGCUUCCAACGCCAUCAUACUGGGCUUCAACGUGCGUGCCGACGCUUCUGCGCGCCGCGUAACGAAGCGGAAAGCCUGGAUCUGCGUACUAUCCGUGAUCUAUAACCUGAUCGACGAAGUGAAGCAGGCGAUGAGCGGUAUGCUGGCGCCGGAAUACAAGCAGCAGAUCAUCGGCCUGGCCGAAGUGCGCGACGUGUUCAAAUCGCCUAAGUUCGGCGCUAUCGCCGGCUGUAUGUUACGAAGGGACCAUCAAGCGUCAACACCAAUCCGCGUACUGCGCGACAACGUGGUUAUCUAUGAAGGCGAGCUGGAAUCCCUGCGCCGCUUCAAAGAUGACGUUACGAACGUUGCAGGGACGCUUCCGCUACAUCCGCACCCUGCUGGGCAAAGCGAUGCGCCUGCGCGUGGUGCGGAGUUGACCUUCGCCUACGACAACUCCUUGGUGGAAGGCAUGCGCAUGUCCAACCUGGUGACCAACGUGGUGAAGAACGACGCCGAGCGACGUUCCGCCUCAGGCGAUGACAAGGAGGAUUAA